AUGUCUCUGCCUGUGGUGCUGCCGGGCUCCUGCUGCCCCAUGGCCAGGCUCUCGGCGGUUCCCGAGGCGGUCAGACCUUGCUCAGCAGCAGCAGCUGCCGCCGCCGCCCAAAACCCGUCGCAGCCUCUGCCUCUUCCUCUCCGGCCCCGCUGGUCCCGCUCCGGUUUGCAGCAGCCCCGGCCUCGCCCAGCCGCUCUUUCCCCUGCGGCUUCCCGUCCGGCCGGGGCCUCGUCCACUGGGGGUCCGGGGCUGCUGCCGGCCAGACCUCUGCUGUCCCUGGGGCUGCUGCAGCUGAUUUUGGGUAGCUGCAUGGUGGCCCUGAGCUUUGGGGCGCUGUCUCUCAGCAGCUCCCCGCAGGUGAAGAACUCCUGCCCUUUUUGGGCUGGCUCCUCGGUUAUUUUAUCAGGAAUUAUAGGAUUAACAAUAUGGAAGAGACCAAUGAUACUUUUGGUUAACUUGUUUGUUUUGCUUUCUGUUAUCUGUGUUCUCUUGAAUCUGGCGGGAUUUAUUCUUGGAUGCCAAGGUGCUCAAUUUGUGUCCAGUGUACCUAGAUGUGAUCUGGUUGACGUGGGUGAAAACAAGUUUUGUUUCUGUUGUGAAGAAUUUCUGCCAGCAAAAUGCACAGAGAAAGAAAAUGCAUUGAAGCUGUAUCCAGUCCAGUCAUGUAGCGCAGUUCACCUUCUACUCAAGAAAGUUCUCUUUGCGCUCUGUGCUUUGAAUGCUCUGACCACCACAGUAUGUUUGGUAGCUGCUGCCUUACGUUACCUGCAAAUAUUUGCCACAAGAAGAUCCUGCACAGAAGAAUCCCAUGUUCAUGUAGAGGAUGCUGAAGAACCAGGUCACAUUUCUGAUCCGGAAGAUUUUGUGCCACCUGUCCCCCCUCCAUCAUACUUUGCGACGUUUUAUUCUUGCACACCUAGGAUGAAUCGCAGGGUUCUGGGUUCUGAUGUCAUUCCGUUACCUCAUAUUUAUGGAGCCAGAAUUAAAGGAGUUGAGGUUUUCUGCCCACUUGAUCCCCCACCUCCUUACGAAGCUGUGGUGAGCCAGAUGAGUCAUGAGCAGGAAGGUGCAUUUCAGAUUGCAGAUAUCGCAGAAACUGUUAAUGGCCCUCCAGGACAAAAUGAAUCUCAAGAUGGAGAUCCUCUCAGUUCUCUGACUAGAGAGGCCACCUUGAAUCCAGAUCCUAGUUUGGCACCUGCAGGAAGCUGCAGGAAAGUCCUAAAACCUCUCAGGAAACGAUCAAAAAGUGAUCCCGUGGUGCAUGGCUUUCCAUCCAGAGCUCCAGUGCUAAGUUGUGAAGCUGCCACUCAAACAGAAUUAAAACCACAACUGGCUACUGUCAUUUUGCGAAAGAGUUUGAGAGCAAAGGCUUUGCGCUCGAGGCCUCGGUCUUUGAUAGACUAUAAAUCAUACAUUGAUACGAAGCUGCUUGUGGCAAAGUUCCUGGAGCACUCCUCGAGCAGCAUGACCCCUGACAUACACGAACUAGUGGAAGACAUAAAAUCUGUCUUGAAAUCAGAUGAAGAGCACAUGGAGGAAGCCAUCACCAGUGCCAGCUUCCUUGAGCAGGUGAUGACCCCUGCUCACCCAUCCACAUCAAGAGCCCAUACACUGCCUUUCAGACGGCACCCAGGACUCCUGCAUUUGGAUAGCUGUGGGGAUGUGAGUACUUUCACUACUGCAGAAACCCGACUGCUAGACAGGAGAACUCAGAGGACAGAGAAUGAACGACCUCAUAGUCUCAUUGGAGUUGUCCGGGAAACAGUGCUCUGAGCUCAUAUCUGUGAGACUCCUCCUCAGAUGCAAUGGAUUGGAUCCGAUUUAAGUGUGUGCAACUGGGCUAGUAGAAGCAGACUUCCCCACCCCUUCUUCUCCAUGGCAGCCCUCCAGUCCCCUGAACAUACUACACAGAGGGUUGGGGAAUCCUGCAGAAAAUUGGGUGGAGGCAUCUUCCGUGAGCAGAGACCUUCUAUCCAUGGAAGACAAAUCUUGGAUCCAACCCAGUGAACAGACUAGGAAACCAUUCAGUGACAAUGCAAGUUGAUGGGGAAAUCACUACUGCUGUUUUAGGAAACAAUACUUAAGGACACUCCUGGAGGAAGAUAUAUAAAAACCUCAGUAUGUUCCGAUUCAAAUCUGUCUUUAAAACAAGGAUAUUCAGGUGCAGUUAGCAUAUUUGAGAAGCACUUUUCUCUUUUUUGGAUGUGGGGAAGAAACAAGACUAUGUACAUUGAUGUUUAUAGAAACAAUUUAUUCUUUCUACUUAAACUUAUUGGAAGCACUUACUAUAGGUCUCUGGUUUCACGUUUGAUGAAUAGUUACAAUUGAGUGGUUUUUGUUUUGUUUGUCUUAAAGAGAGUAAAGGACAGAAUUAGCCACC